AAAUAAAACAAAAUGGAUCAUGCUAAUAAGCCAAUUCGAGAGAAAGAACGACAAGGGAUAUCAGACCAGUGUAAUGGCGAUCAUGUGAAGGCACCCAGCAACCAUCUAGUAACUCGUUUGAUCAGUAGCUUUUCUGCUUCUCCCAGACCAAUCAUUGCCUUCAAUUUUCGUUAGUGGUAGAGGUGACUCUUCGUGGUAAGAACAGGUGUUCCUUGAGUCGAAUGUACUGGUUGAGUACAUACAACCAAGUACUAUAGGAGGAUAGCAUCAAGCAUGCUUAAUUGUUUCAAGCCAAAGCUCCUUGAAGUAAACUUGUUCCCAUGGAGUGAUUAGAAGGAAGGCAGGGAAAACAUUUAUGAAAGAUUGGGAGCUACUUUUAUACUCUUUGGCUACGGAGGACAGGUGGGUAUGGCGACUU